AAACACCAAAUACAGAUACAUUUUGCAUCUCCACAUUUGAUCCCUUUUAGUUCUAUUAAAUUUUUAGACCAAACAUAUCGCCAGCCCCUUAAAAAGUGCAAAAAAAUGGAUUUUUAAAACAGGGGACAAUAGGCUAAAAUAUAUUUAGUAGAGAGCCAGAGGCAAAAAAAUCUUCCAGAGUCAUUUUGAUCAUCUCAAACUCAAUGUAAAGAUAACAUCACUUGCCACCAUCAUCUUCCCCCAACACCAAUGUUGCUUCCUUUCUGCAACUUCCAUCCCUUAAACCCUUCUAAAACCCUCUUAACAAACCCUUCACCCUCUCUUUCCCUGAAACCCUUCACCGUUUUUGCCACUUCCCCUAAUACUGAAGCUGCUUUACCUGAAUCCGCCAUUAAAAGAAUCUCAGAAAAACUCCGUAGCCUCGGCUUUGUUCAAGAACCCCAAGUUCAAGAAACCCCACAAAGUUCUUUCGGUCCAAACCCCACUGUUAACUCACCUGGUCAAAUUUUUGUUCCUUUGCCUGCUCAAUUACCCAAGCACCGUGUGGGUCAUACGCUUGAUACCAGCUGGAGUACACCCGAAAACCCGGUACCACAGCCUGGUUUAGGGGAGUCUAUACAGAAGUUUCAUGAACUGAGGGAUGGGUUCUUGAAGGAGAAGGAGAAGGAGAGGUUGAGGAAUAAGGAGGAGAAGAAAGAGAGAGCGCCGAGUUUAGCUGAGCUGACAUUGAAAGCUGAGGAAUUGAGUAGGUUGAGGACAAUUGGAAUUGCGAUAAGGAAAAAGUUGAAGAUUGGUAAAGCUGGAAUUACUGAGGGGAUUGUGAAUGGUAUUCAUGAAAGAUGGAGGCGUACCGAGCUUGUUAAGAUUACGUGUGAGGAUAUAUGUAGGUUGAAUAUGAAGAGGACUCAUGAAUUGUUAGAGAAAAAAACUGGAGGUUUGGUUAUCUGGAGGUCUGGAAGUAAUAUAAUUUUGUAUAGAGGAGCUGAUUACAAGUAUCCAUAUUUCUCUGGAAGUAGCUUCGAGAAUAAUAGUGCGCAAGAUGCUACUCCUGACUUGUUCACGGGUGCGGAAGAGCAUAUGAGUAACUCAUCUGGCAUGGAUGCGGUAAAAUCUGAUGCAUUGGACAGAAAAUCUUCUCCACGUGUAAUCCAGGGUGUAGGUUCUCCAGACAGAGUUCGAUUUGAAUUGCCUGGAGAGGCAGCGCAUACUGAAGAAGCAGACAAGUUGCUGGAAGGACUUGGCCCUCGCUUUACUGAUUGGUGGGGUUGUGAGCCAUUGCCUAUCGAUGCAGAUCUUUUGCCAGCUAUAGUCCCCGGGUACAAGAAACCUUUCCGUCUACUUCCAUAUGGAGUGAAGCCUAAAUUGACAAAUGAUGAAAUGACAACACUGAGGAGACUUGGUCGACCUUUGCCUUGUCAUUUUGCAUUAGGUAGAAACAGAAAACUCCAAGGAUUGGCUGCUGCAAUUGUGAAGCUUUGGGAGAAAUGUGAAAUUGCAAAAGUUGCCGUUAAGAGAGGAGUUCAGAACACUAACAGUGAACUGAUGGCGGAAGAGCUUAAGUGGCUGACUGGAGGAACCUUGCUCUCUAGGGAUAGGGAAUUUAUUGUCUUCUACCGUGGGAAGGACUUCCUUCCCUCUGCAGUCUCUUCAGCAAUAGAAGAACGAAGAAAGCAAAUCAUUGAAGAGGAAAAGAGGAGUGGUAUUAAUUCAUCAGUAGCAAAUGCUAAGGAAAGGAAACAAUCCGCAACGGGAAGUGUUUCUGAUGAUGGACAUGCCAACAGAAAUAACCAGAAAGCUGACCUAGAAAAAAAGAAACUUACUUCCAUGGAAGCUGCCAUCAAGAGAACUGUAGAUAAAUUAACCACUGCAUUGGAAAAGAAAGCCGAGGCAGAGAAGCUUCUUCUGGAGCUUGAGGAGGAUGAGGUGCCACAACAAUCUGAUAUGGAUAAAGAGGGAAUAACUGAAGAAGAAAGAUACAUGUUGAGGAAGAUUGGCUUGAGAAUGAAGCCUUUCUUACUUCUUGGUAGGCGAGGAGUCUUUGAUGGAACAGUCGAGAACAUGCACCUUCAUUGGAAGUAUAGGGAAUUGGUAAAGGUAAUAACCGGGAUGAAAAAUAUUGAAGAGGUCCACCAAAUUGCUAGGAUGUUGGAAGCAGAAAGUGGGGGAAUACUAGUUGCCAUUGAGAGAGUUAAUAAGGGUUAUGCGAUCAUUGUUUACCGAGGAAAGAACUAUGAAAGGCCUGCUUCUUUGAGGCCUCAGACUCUUCUAAGUAAAAGAGAAGCAAUGAAGCGCUCUAUCGAGGCUCAGCGACGUCAGUCGCUGAAAUUACAUGUCUUAAAGCUUACGCAAAAUAUAGAGGCUUUGAAGUCACGGUUGGCCAAAAAUGAGGAGAUGAUUCAUAUUCAAUCCCCGGAUAUAGUUGAUAAGCAAGUACCUGUGACGGGACUAUCUGAUGCUGCAGGCGGAACUAACUACCAGCCUAGUUUAGCAAGUCCCUGCACUUCUGAGGAUUCCGAGGAUGUUGCAGAAGACACUGACCCCAAUUGUCCAAACGAAUUACCAAGUGAUUCCUCGGACACUGACCACAGUUCUCAGCAAGAUAUUCCAAGUGAUUCUUCUUUCCAAUAUGAGAGCAAGGCUGCGGCUAUGUAUGAUACAACUCAACCUCAACAUCAAUCCAUUUCAUCAACCAAAGAAUCAAAAAGUAUGUUCAAUGUGAAUGUGGACAAAAAAGUAUUUGGAAGUGCAGUGGGUGAAUUUGUUUCCACGUCUUUCAAGGAAGAAGUUAAGAUCCACUUUUCCGAGACCAAAAGUUUCAGCAAACCUCAGGAAGUUGACAAUAAAAAAGAGGUCUCUCAAGUUGAUUCUGUAAAACCGCAACAAGAACUUAGAUCCACCCGGAGUAGGUCCGAAGGGAUGUCUCCCAAAAAAAUACAACUUUCCAAUAGGGAGAGGCUGCUUCUCAGAAAACAAGCCCUCAAGAUGAAGAAGCAACCAGUGCUUGCUGUUGGGAGGAGCAAUAUUGUUACCGGAGUUGCCAAAAAUAUCAAAGAACACUUCAAGAAGUAUCCUCUUGCGAUUGUGAAUGUCAAAGGGCGGGCAAAAGGGACUUCAGUUAGGGAGGUGGUUUUUAAGCUGGAGCAAGCUACAGGUGCUGUUCUUGUUUCUCAAGAACCAAGCAAAGUCAUAUUGUAUAGAGGUUGGGGAGCAGGUGAAGAGCGCGCUUCUUCUAAUGGUAAUGGCACCAGGGAUUCGAGAAACAUCAGAGAGCACAAGGAACUGCUGGCAAUAUCUCCUGAACUAUUUUCAGCAAUCAGGCUUGAAUGUGGUUUACAAUCUGACAAUGAAAUGGAGGUUGCUUCAUAGGCUACAACCUUGGUUCAAGUGAAGCUGCCAACUGGUUUCGUUAGGGUCAAAAGUUUUGAGCUCUCGUCUAACAACCCUUUCGUGCCCCCCAACGAUGGUCUCUGAGUUGUCUUUCCGUGCAUCUGACAACUGCACGCGGCUCACCAAAUUCCAUGCACUAAAGCUGAAUUUUAAUAUGAGGCUUUAAUUUUUCUUUUUCUUUUUCUUUUUUUCUAAAAAAGAACGAAAAAAACUUCAUGUCGUUGCUUGCUUAGAUGAAAGGAGAAAAUGAGAAGGCAUUAUUUGCUUCA